GAGGAUCCGGAAGUGGCAGGGCACUUCCGGUAGGGAAACUCCUCGCCGCUGCUUUGGACCCAGCUUGACAGGCGCGGUCCCUGCUAGUAGUUCUCUCUCCUUUCGCUUUCUUCCAGCCUAGUUUUCGAAUUCAUUUGCUGCACCGGUCCUGCCCCUUCUGUCUCCGAAGUCGCCCCAUGCCCAUGUUCCGGGGCAGGAGUCCUGACAGCGAAGACCCGCCUGCCUGUACUCUGUCAUGUCCGAACUGACCAAAGAGCUGAUGGAGCUGGUGUGGGGCACCAAGAGCAGCCCCGGCCUCUCCGACACUAUCUUCUGCCGCUGGACGCAAGGAUUUGUGUUUAGUGAAUCAGAGGGAUCUGCAUUAGAACAGUUUGAAGGUGGCCCCUGUGCUGUUAUUGCACCUGUUCAGGCAUUUCUCUUGAAGAAGCUCCUGUUUUCUUCUGAAAAGUCUUCUUGGAGGGAUUGUCCAGAGGAAGAACGAAAGGAACUCCUUUGUCAUACCUUAUGUGAUAUUUUAGAAAGUGCUUGUUGUGACAACUCUGGAUCAUACUGCUUGGUUUCAUGGUUAAGAGGAAAGACAACCGAAGAAACUGCUGGUAUUUCUGGGAGUCUUGCAGAGUCUAGUUGCCAAGUGGAACAUUCUUCUGCCUUGGCUGUCGAAGAGCUUGGCUUUGAGCGAUUUCAUGCAUUAAUUCAAAAAAGAUCAUUCAGGAGUUUAUCAGAAUUAAAAGAUGCUGUCUUGGACCAAUAUUCAAUGUGGGGAAACAAAUUUGGAGUUUUGCUUUUUCUGUAUUCUGUGUUACUGACAAAGGGUAUUGAAAACAUAAAAAAUGAAAUUGAAGAUGCAAGUGAACCUUUAAUAGAUCCUGUAUAUGGACAUGGCAGUCAAAGUUUAAUUAACCUCCUACUGACGGGACAUGCUGUUUCUAAUGUAUGGGAUGGUGAUAGAGAAUGCUCAGGAAUGAAACUUCUUGGUAUACAUGAACAAGCAGCUGUGGGAUUCUUAACAUUAAUGGAAGCUUUAAGAUACUGUAAGGUUGGUUCUUACUUGAAAUCGCCAAAAUUCCCUAUUUGGAUUGUUGGCAGUGAAACUCACCUCACCGUAUUUUUUGCCAAGGCACAGUUAGGAGAAAGAUCUUCCUUCCAUUGGUUCACCCCGCAAAUGGCCGCUAUGGCCAGUGUGCUGCACCUAUCUGAAGCCAGGAGCCAGGAUAUGGCUUUAGUUGCCCCUGAGGCUCCUUCAGAACAAGCUAGGAGAGUAUUUCAAACCUAUGAUCCAGAAGAUAAUGGAUUCAUACCUGAUUCACUUCUAGAAGACGUUAUGAAAGCAUUGGAUCUUGUUUCAGAUCCUGAAUACAUAAAUCUCAUGAAGAAUAAACUAGAUCCAGAAGGAUUAGGAAUCAUAUUGUUGGGUCCAUUUCUUCAAGAAUUUUUUCCUGAUCAGGGCUCAAGUGGUCCAGAAUCUUUCACUGUCUACCACUACAAUGGAUUGAAGCAAUCAAAUUAUAAUGAAAAGGUAAUGUACGUAGAAGGAACUGCAGUUGUUAUGGGAUUUGAAGAUCCCAUGCUACAGACGGAUGACACUCCUAUUAAACGCUGUCUCCAAACCAAAUGGCCAUACAUCGAACUGCUCUGGACCACAGAUCGCUCUCCUUCACUAAACUGAUUUGUCUAAGUAUUUAUAAGGAAAAUCCUAGUAACAGAUGUUGAAAGAGUCAAGACUGGCAAUUGGCUAAAUUAAGCUAAAACACUGGUAUCAUUGAUUAACUGUAAAUAACAAAAACACAUAUUCAGUGUUUAAGAUAUGUUUAAAUUAUUUGUUUUAAAGCUUUAUUUUAAAGAUUAUCCUAUUUUAGCCCUUUGUGUGAAAUUUACUAAUAAAAUUAAGCAUUAAUCAAAGUAUCACUUUUGCAGUCAGAUAAUUGGUCAUUUACUUAUAAAUUACAUAAUUCUAUGGAAUUUGUAUGUUACGAACAAUAGUUGCUGUUUAUAAACUUUGGGUUUAAUUCAUUCAGGCAUAUUUUAUUGUUUGAAUGAUCUGGCUUGUAAUAUAUCAGUCUUCACAUUGAAAUGCAGAAGAGUUAAUUCUUUUCUAAACUGUUUUCAUUAGAAAUAUUGAUAAAUUAUUAGCCCAGAUCCUUUGACAAUUUGCAUAAGUCUGGCAUGUUUACGAAGCAUAAGAACUAUUUAAAAAAUUACUAUUUACUCACAAAUGUAUACAGGAUGUAUUUUUAAGAAUGAUAGACAAGAGAAUCUGUUUAAUAGUCUUAACACUGUUAAUUUUCACUGUAGUGCCCAAUAUACUUUUCCAAAUUUGUCCAAACAGCCCUGUAAGCCAGCUUUCUUGUAUAUUUAUAAAUGUGAUAAAUGCAUGAGAACAUCUGUUAUUACAUUAGUAUAUUGCAUUAUUUAUUAUGAUCCUAGUUGAUGGCCUAAAUAAACACUUUUUUCUUUAACUUUA